CAUGUCGGACGCCCCCGCCCGCUGCCGCGUUUGGCUGCGGCGCGGCUGCGGGGCCCUGGCCCACCUGGCGGCUUGGGGGAUGACCGUGUUUCUGCUGCUGCUUUCCAGGCCUGGCACUAGUUUAUUUUCCUGGCAUCCGGUGUUCAUGUCAAUUGCAUUCUGCCUCUGCCUGACGGAAGCCCUCCUGAUCUUCUCUCCAGAGGCCUCUCUUGUCUUCUGCUCCCACAAAGCAAAAGUGCAGCUGCACUGGAUUGCGCAAAUGUUGGCCCUCGUGGCUGCCACCUUGGGCUUGGUCUUCAUUAUCUCCAGCAAGAACCGGAGCGAACUCCCACAUUUCAUCUCCUGGCACAGCAUCCUGGGUCUUGUGACUAUAUUGGCCACCUGUGGGCAAGUCCUGUGUGGAUUGGGCCUGCUCUUUCCACAACUGCUAAGGAUUUCAUUAGCGGCUCAGCUCUGGAGAUGCCACACUGUGUACGGACUGAUAGUUUACUUGCUGGCCACUUCUACUGUAGUACUGGGCAUUUGUUCUGACUGGUUUCAGGCCCAAAUCAAAGGCAUGGCUUGGUACUUAUGCCUGGGAUUGAUCUUCUGUCCAGCCCUCAUUAUUAUGAACCAGAUUUCUAGAACUUGUUUGUCAAAGAAGAGACAGUAUGUUUGAGGUGUGAUCUCGGUAGCACGCUCAGGAAUCAACAUUUCAACACUAUAAACAUUUCAAACACUAUCAAGAUUAUUUAUGUGUUCUCUUUUUAUCAUGAUCUUUAUUACAUUCCUAUUUGAUUAUUCUAUGCAUCCUGCUGCUUUUGUUCGAUAGGUUGGUU